GUGUUUUCCGUAGUCAUCGUGAACCGAAGGGCUAGCUGAUCGCUGCCUUCCGCACAAAGAAAGAACGGAAAAAAGAACAAAUCUUUCCGUUUCGAGCCCAGCAAAACAAUGCCGUUGGAAAACCUGGAGGAGGAGGGUCUGCCCAAGAACCCCGACCUGCGGAUCGCGCAGCUGAAGUUCCUGCUCACGAUGGACGGGCACCGGCAGGACGCCGCCGUGAAGACGGAGCUAAUGGACGCGAUCACGGCUAACAAUAUGGCUCCGUACUACGAAGGUCUGUGCAAGGAUCUGAAGUGGCAGCUGGACGGAGAUCUGCUGAGCAAAAUGAAGAAGACCAACGAGGAGGAGCUGAAGCGCCUGGACGACGUGCUGGAGGACGCCGAGAAGAGCCUGGGAGAGAGCGAGAUACGGGACGCCAUGAUGGCCAAAGCCGAGUACCUGAUCCGGAUCGGAAACAAGGAGGGCGCCCUCACAGCCUUCAGGAAGACCUACGACAAGACGGUGGCGUUGGGACACAGACUCGACAUCGUCUUCUACCUGCUGAGGAUCGGACUCUUCUACAUGGACAGCGACCUCAUCACACGCAACUCGGAGAAAGCCAAGAGCCUUAUCGAGGAGGGCGGCGACUGGGACCGGAGGAACCGGCUGAAGGUGUACCAGGGCCUGUACUGCGUGGCCAUCCGGGACUUCAAGCAAGCCGCCGAGCUCUUCCUCGACACCGUCUCCACCUUCACCUCCUACGAGCUCAUGGACUACAAGACGUUCGUCACCUACACCGUCUACGUGUGCAUGAUCGCCCUCAAGAGGCCCGACCUCCGCGAAAAGGUCAUAAAGGGAGCCGAGAUCCUGGAGGUGCUGCACGGCCUGCCUUCCGUUCGCCAGUAUCUCUUCUCCCUCUACGAGUGCCGCUACUCCGUCUUCUUCCAGUCUCUGGCCACGGUGGAGCAGGACAUGAAGAAGGACUGGCUCUUCGCGCCGCACUACCGCAACUACGUGAGGGAGAUGAGGAUCCAGGCGUACAGCCAGCUGCUGGAGUCCUACCGCUCGCUCACCUUGGGCUACAUGGCCGAGGCCUUCGGCGUCAGCACGGAGUUCAUCGACCAGGAACUCUCCCGAUUCAUCGCCGCCGGACGCCUCCACUGCAAAAUCGAUAAAGUGAACGAGAUCGUGGAAACCAACAGACCCGACAGCAAAAACUGGCAAUACCAAGAAACCAUCAAGAAGGGCGACCUGCUGCUGAACCGAGUGCAGAAGCUGUCGAGGGUCAUCAACAUGUAACCGUGGCAAUCGUCUUGUUGCGCAAGAGGGGCUCUCAUUGGUCGAGCCGAACCAGUAAUGUGUCUGACAAAGUGACUCUUAUAUUGUGUAUAUAAUAAAAUUUGUUUAAACUGUUGACAUUA